AUGGAGGUUGUACACCAGACUCAUGUUACUGCGAUUUUGAGCCGCAAUUUGAGAAGGGUUGGGUUUGUGGCACUGUCAACAGCGACUGAGACAACAUCGAUAUCAACCACCUUAUCUACACCCGCUAUUGCUACCUGCGUCAAUCAGGCAAUAGUGAACGAUGAAGAAGGCAAGCAGUGGCAAAUUUUCUGCAAUCAGGGCAACCGAUAUGGUGGCAACGGUGGUGAUUACUUGGUGGAGGCUGGCGGCACGAUGACAGACUGCAUAACACUCUGCAAUGAAACACCGAACUGCAAUGGGGUGUCUCUCCAGCAUCCUACAGACACGUUUUUGGGUGCUUGUUGGUACAUAACCACGGAUUUGCAGCUUGAGAUUGUGGGACCGGAUCCUGCUGGAUGCGACACAGCUAUUCAAAUAUCAGGUCCAAAUGCAAGAGAGCAAGUCCCUGUUCAAGGCCAAAUUUCAUCGUCGAUUACGAAAACUGCGUCAGAGACUACCACGUCGGUAUCAGCAAGUGAGACUCCAACCACAAAUACAUGUGCUGAAUACCUAAUGCCCAAUAUUGGUGACAUAGUGCAAAGUUCAAGUGGUGCAAUAUUUGACAAAGUCUACACCAGCUGCGGUUACUCCCAGAACAAUCUUGCCUGGGGGCCAGGCUCGAGCUACGACGUUUCAACAUCGACUCUAGAAGAUGCUAUUGCUGAUUGUGCACAAGUCACGCUCAACUGGAAUGCCUGGUCAUUCGAAAUCUAUUUCUAUGUUGAGACGAACACGUAUAUGUGUGGGCAAUUCGGCCAUCAAGACAUUCUUGGUGCUCAAUGGUAUGACUACUAUGAUCCAAAUGUCCUUGAAGUGUUCGCGUACAACCUAAGACAAAGUCCAACGACCACAUCCGCUAUCGAUAACGGAACCACUACAACCACCAGCGCCAGCUCAAGUUCAACAACAGCUUCGAAUCUCUGUGCUAUGACGACUGCUGUCUCUGGACCAAUGACUUUCUUACAAGCUCGAGCGGGAUAUUCUGAAUACAAUGCUGAUUGGAACUGGGUUUCUGCAGUGGCUUACGGCCCUGAAGUUACUGACUGUGUAGCAAUUCAGCAAUGUGCUGAUUAUACCACUGGCAACGGCUACCAAGCAUUCCGUGUAUUCUACAUCACGAAUCCCGACUAUAGCGACAAUCCAUGGCAUUGCGACGUGGGAUACUCCAACUACGACUCCACCGAGUACACGUACAAUAGUGACCUCGGUCAAUUUUAUAUGUACAAUUCUAUCAGCAUGGCUACAACCACGACAUCUGCUACAGGCACAACAAGCACUGACAGCUGUGCCACCCCUACAGCUUGCUCAAACUCACCUCUUGGCGACAUCUUGUCAUUGUACGACAGCAACAAGUUUACCAAUUUCUAUACUGGCUGUGGCAAUUCAAUUGCUGGUGGUUUCCAAGCGCUCCCCGCGGUUUUUGUAGUUAACUGGCCAGCUCCAGAUUAUGCUGGCUGGACCUUUGACCAAGCUGUGGCUAGAUGUGCUCAGUUUGCCGUGGAUAACCCUGCUACUAUUGUCGAAUUCUGGGAAGACGUAGACUCUUACUGGUGGUGUGCAGGAGUCAACGGGAUUAUACCUGAUUCUAGCGUUUUCGUCUGUGAUCCGACUGUGAAGAACGUCUGGGGCUUUGCUAUUGAGGGAUAUACUGGCAGCUCCAUGACUGAUGCCCUGACGUCUACAGAAACAGCUACAAGUACCACAAGUACCAGCAGUACUGCAACACCAACUUGUACCGCGACGCCAAGCCCAUUACAGCAUCAGGUUCUAUCGAACGGGACUGUGUACAAUAACUUUUACGCCAGUUGCGGUACAUCAUUGCAAGGAAACACUCCAGGCGGUUUAGGAUGGCUUCCACGGCAGAUGUCAGUCAACUGGCCCGCUCCAGACUAUGCUGGGUGGACCUUUGAUGAAGCGGUCGCUAGGUGUGCACAAGGGUCAGCAGAUAUGGGCUCGACUAUGUUUGAGUUCUACUACGGCACCGAUCUUAAUUGGUACUGCAUCUCGGUCAACGAUCUGCCCGGCAAUCCGAGUUCCUUCUAUCCUGAUCCUGAGGUGUUAGAGAUCUGGGGAUUUGCCCUCGAUGUGCCUACAGACUCGUGCAAUCCUCUCGUUGAAGUACGAUGUGAUAGCUGUGGCACCGGAGGCUCUUGUUACUGCAGCACUGAUGGUGUUUGCCGCGAGACACCUUGCCCAGACUGCACCUUCAACGACGAUGGAACCGCUAUGGUAUGUCCUGCGGAUUGUGGAACUAGUUCUCCGGUCGUUGUUGAGAAAAGACAAGGUCUUAGUGAUGUGAUUGCAGUGAACGAAAGCACUCUCUCCAUCCUGCCACAUCGUCCGCAUGCGGGUUCUUCCGAACCACUCACGGUCAGUCGAGCAGGCAGCAAAUCCUACCAUGAGAACGGUACUCAAGCUUUUGCAAGAGAUCUCGAUUCUCACCGCCACUUUGUUGACGAUGAUCGUGCCCGGCGCGACUUUGGCAGGCGUUCUGCCCGGAGAAGAGACGCAAUUGGUAUGAUGCAAAGGCAAGAUCUUGUCGACCCAUUGGUAGACGCUUGGAACUAUCUCCUCUGGACAUCACCUUUGACAGUUCGACGGACUUCAAGUGGGGUCGUAUCUACAACAGUCGCAGCAACUUUCACCUUGGACGUCUUUCAGGGAGGCUCAACUUCAUGGCCAUCGCUAACAUCCACUCCAGUCCUCGCAACCGUGGCUACUGAACCAGCGUGUAUCCCAGCUACUUUCAUCUCACCUGUUCCAUCGCUUGCCAAGCGCGAUGUUGUGUCCGGCACACCCGGUGUCAAGCCUUUCGUAGAGCGACAAAGCACGACUGUCGUGGUUCGCUUGAGAGACAAUUAUCUUGCGAUGACUAGUAAUAUGCCCACGAUUACUCAACAAGCUGCACUCCUCCAAACUCCUGGCGGGACUGCCCCGUUAGCAAUGGUCACCCAGACUAUGAGUAUUGAGUCAAUUGGAGCAGGUGGUGUCCGGGGAAGUCAGUCUGUGGUCGUGAUCAGUCCUACAACGGCGGGUGCAGCUAUAGGACUAUCUGCAAGCAAUAUACCAGGCACUAACGGCAACACAUAUUCUGGAGCGGGUGGUGACAGCAAUGACAGUGACGACAAUGAAUCCGGCAAUGGUGGAGGUGGAGGCGGCGGGGGCGGCGGGGGCGGCGGCUCAACUGACGACAAGAACGGUGUGGAGGCUCUUACAAAGCACCAACGAGUAAUCAACGUGCCCUUUACACAAGCCAGUUAUGUCACCGCUCUUUACAUACCGACGAUCGCGGCGGUUGUCAUCAAAAUCUUGUUCGAAACAAUGGUCGCGUCUAUCAAAAUGAUGGAACCAUUUGAGCGAUUGCACCGCAUCCAAGGAUCCACUGCAGAGGGCUCAAUGUUCUCACAAUACUUGUCAAGUGCGUUCUCUGGCGAUGUCGUCCGCUCUGUCGUGGCUGGACGCUGGCUUCCACUUUGGUCGAUAUUGAUCUACUUCCUGAUUACUGUUGGAGCACCACUCUCCUCCGCCUCAAUGUCUGUUCAACCGAUGGACAGAUGCUACUUGAAUGAAGGCUGGUACAAUUGUGAUCCAGCAUGGAUCGUGGAUAUUCGGUUUAUCCGUGUAUUAGAGGCACUGCUUGCUGUAUGCAUAGCGCUUACGUUAGCGAUCGUCUGGUCAAGCUGGAGAUAUCACGCUGGUGUUGCGUCAAAUCCAAGCUCCAUCGCUGCUAUCGCCGUGCAUCUCAACUACGAGCCUUUACGACAAGAUCUUCUGGCUGUUGAUGGGGACGCCGAUGAAGAUGAGCUCGCGAAGUCCCUGUCCGACUAUCACUUCUGGCUGGUGCCUCACUCCCAAACACCAACGUCGUAUAGAUACGGUUUCUAUCAUGCUCCCGCAUCUACAGUGCCUGACGUUGGUCCGCUCGACAAAGUCUUCGCCAAUGCUGAUAUGCGAUAUAGAGCGAUUAAACCUGAAAUAUCUCACCACAAGAUGAUCAAAGUACACGACGCGAUUCACAUGAUUACUAUCCUGGUACUCCUUGCUCUUCUUAUCACUUACAGAGCAGACAUGAACGACGAUGCAUUUAACCGUUUCUUUACCAAUUCAAACUCAAUGUGGCCAAAGUUCAUCAUAGUCGGCUUGGCUACUGUUCUAGACAUGCAGUGGAAAGACCUGGAACGCAAAGUCAGAAUCAUAGAACCAUACCGACGUCUCUGGAACGGCAACGCACGACCCGAGAACACGAUUUUGUGUGCCCUCAAUGGAACCUGCUGGUCAAACGCGCCCAGGUGCAUGCGAGGCUUAAUCAGCUAUCCCAACAUGUGGUUCGAAUUCCUAAUUGGCAUGGUCGCAGUUCUCAGCGAUAUCAACAUCAUCGCCGUAAGCGGUGUUCUCAUGACCUUCUCACAAACCAAGGAAGCAUACGAGUUCUCCAGCAUGACCGCCCUAGUGAUCACUUCAGGAAUGAGUCUCGUAAUCCUCAUCGUCGUCUUCUGGUGGCGCCAGCAGCCUGGCGUCGCCAAUCUCCCUCGUCAACCCGAGACAGUCGGCACCGUACUCAGUUAUCUCGCUGGCAGUCGCAUGGCCCACGAUUUCAGCAACAUGGCGCUAGAGAGUCUCACCCAAGAAGAGCGAGAUGAAAUCAUCAUCAGCAAGGGCAUGCGCUACAAAUUCAGCAAGGCCCGAGGCGACGAUGGCAAAGAGAGAUAUACUGUUGAUUACGACGAUCCGCAUCUCGGAGGACAUUGCGAAAGGACGGAUGAGGACAGUCUUGAAGGUGAAUGGAGCGAGAGAUUUGGCACAAAACUAGAUCUGGAGAAGCCAGGUGCUGCCAAAUUGAGUGGGAGCACGUAA